GGGAUGUCGCGUGACCUGUGGUCGGUGUGGGCGGCGCUGCUGGCGGGCGCCCUCUUGCUGGCGGCCGUGCUGUGGCGGCGCUACGUCACGCACUUCUCGCGCCGCGGCGUGCCGUGCGCGCGGCCGCUGCCGCUCGUGGGCAACAUGCUGCAGAUGACGCUCGGCAGGAAGGCCAUCCCGGACGUCGUCGCGGAGCUGUACGACAGGCUCGAGCCGCACCGGUACGCGGGCGUCUUCAACUUCACGAUGCCGCUGCUCAUGAUCAGGGACCCGGAGAUCAUACGCGCCAUCACCGUCAAAGAUUUUGACCACUUCACCGACCACGUGGGCUUCGAGACCAGCAGCAAGAAGGCCAACCCUCUGCUGAAGAAGAUGCUUUUCUCCUUGAAAGGAAAGGAGUGGCACGACAUGCGAGCCACCCUGAGCCCGGCUUUCACUUCCAUGAAGAUGAAGAACAUGUUCGUCCUGAUGACAGAGAUCGGGCAGCAACUUGUCGAUUAUCUGCUGAAGGAAACCGGCGACGGUGAAGGUAAAACCUUGACACUGGAGAUGAAGGACUUCUUCACGCGCGUGACCAACGACAUCAUCGCGACGACGGCCUUCGGCAUCAAGGUGGACUCGCUGUCGGACCCCGGCAACCAGUUCUACAGGAUGGGCCGCAGCCUGAUCAGCAUCAGGCCGCUGGUCGGAGUCGGCUACAUGAUGUCCCCCAGGCUCAUGGAGUUUCUGGGAAUACCGUUCUUCGAUCCGAAGACUGUGGGAUUCUUCAGGACCAUGGUGUCGGAUACCAUAGAGACGAGGGAGAAGCAAGGCAUCGUCCGCCAUGACAUGAUUCACCUGUUGAUGCAGUCUCGUCGCGGAGAACUCUCUUCCCACGAUGGAGACAAGAACGGGGUCAGUGAGACCAAGGGCAGAGAGCUGAGUGAGGACGACAUCGCGGCGCAGGCGAUGCUGUUCUUCUUCGGCGGCUUCGACACGGUGGCCACGCUGCUGAUGUUCCUCAGCUACCUGCUGGCCACCCACGAGGAGGUGCAGCGGCGGCUGCAGGAGGACAUCGACGCCCUCAUGCAGAGCAGCGGAGGCCAGCCCGGCUACGAGCAGGUGGUCGGCUGCCAGUACCUCGACAUGGUGAUCUCGGAGACGCUCCGCAUGUACACGCCCGGCGCUGUGCUGGACCGCAAGUGCGUGCGCCCCUACAAGCUGCCCCCCACAGAGAGCUGCGCCGGUGUUGAGAUCCAGCCCGGAGAAGGCAUCUGGGUGCCGGUGCACGGCAUUCACCACGACCCGAGGUACUACGAGGACCCCGGACGUUUCGACCCCGAGCGCUUCAGCCCGGAGAACAAGCACCUCAUCAAACCGUUCACGUACUACCCAUUCGGGUCCGGACCUCGCGUCUGCAUCGCCCAGAGGUUCGCGCUGAUGGAAACCAAGGUCGUGAUGACGCACCUGCUGUCGCGGUUCAGCUUCUGCGUGGUGGAGAAGACGCCCGUGCCGCUUGUGAUCCAGCCCAACAACCUGUCGCUCGGGAUCAAGGGCGGCGCUUGGGUUGGCAUUCGGCGUAGGUCUUGAACACUUGUCUGACGUGCGAGAGAGUGAACUCAAGUAUUGCCAUACUACGACGAGCUGCGUCAAGAAAUAAUUUGUAGUUAUUACACUUAAGCUCAGAAUACUUUAUAUGACAAAGGAGAAGUUAAGAGGAUGAAAAUAUCAAAAGAAUCCAGACUCCACCUGUAAAAGUCCCUUCUCAAGACUUUACGAUGACUCCCGAAGAUUUUCUCUGAAUGCAGUACAAUGUAUACAAACUGAGUCACGGCAGAUACUCGGAACGUGUCGAUCACGUAAGGGUAACCGCCACAUACGACACUGAAAGUCGCUCCCUGUAACCACUUCUUCUCAAGAACUGCUAUAAUAGUUUUGAAUACGGAGUAAAAAUUAAUUACGAUGAGAAUACUCUGCCAUUAGUGUUAUCUACCAUUGUAAUGACGUAACGGGAAUCUAAUGGAUUAAUCUUAGCUUUUGACUGUUCGAUUAUUUUCUCAGCAAUGUAGCAUCUGACCAAAGAGAGUUUCGAAAUUUUGAUAUAUGCUCUAAGUUAAUUAGACUGAAUACUAAAUAUGAUACCAGAUAAGAAUGUAAUUUCAUUAUUCAUAAACAAUAUUUUGAUUUGCUUUCACUGCAGGACAAAUAUAAAAAAGGAUACCCACUGCUGUAUUUUUUAUAUCUAUGAAGACUUAGGGUUUUUAUUUAUCAAGCAGAUAUGUUAAUUAUAUUAUGUAUAUGAUAUUUAUAAUUUACAGUAUUUUUAUAAUUUAUUUUGCUAUGGAUCAAACAUUUCCAUGAGUAUGUUAACGAUUUUUGUGAUCAUAUAU